UGGCUACCACUAUUUCAUUUUCACCAUGUCUCCUCCAUAUCCCCGAUCUCUGUCUCUCUCUUUUUUCUGUCCAUCGUCAGAUGGAGGGUUCUGCUUCUUGUAUCUUUCUAAAUCUUCAUACGCAUUUCUUCAGAUUUCUCAAUAUAUCUCUCUUCUAUAAAUCCUAAUUUAAUCAACCAGCUUUUGUUAUCGUAGAAGAAAUUCCGUGUGUUUUUCUUCGUUAAUCGAGCAUCUGUUCAAUUCGAUUUCAUCAUCAUUGAAAAACCUCGUUAGAAUUAUCGUGUUUUCAUCAUCUUCUAAUUGGCCAAUCUCGCAUUUUAUGAUUUAGGUUAUGUUUGAUAGGGUCCAUAUAGAGUUUAUUCUGAAUAUAUAGCGAAUGAUGUCUUUUGAUUUGUUCAUCUUACAUGCAAACAUGAAGCUUCACCACGUGUUCUGUCACUUGAUCUCUUAUUCAAUUUUAUAUAUGCUUUUAUCAUGUUGAUUUUCAGUAAGAAAUGGCCGAAGACGAAAAGAAUGAAGCUGUUACAUCUGCAGUAGAAAAUCAGAAACUUCUUCCCUCUGAUUCUACAGUUUCUCUUUCUGCUGAAGAUAAGGAUGAGGAGAAUUGUGAUUGUAAUAAGUCAACACUGGAGGAAACUGAGGAGAAAUGUGAAUCUGAACCAGCAUCACCUAAGGAGAUUGUUGCUUCAACUUCAAGUUCAUCAUCUUUCAAAUUUGGGAUUUUAGAUUUAGUAUCUCAAAUUGAUCCAAAAAGUCAUCCCCAACAAUGGUGUGGUGGAUUAUUACGAAAAUUAACAAAAGGGCCCUCAGCAAGCUUGCUUUCAUUCAAUCCUUGCCUCCCUAGCCUACCUUCCAUUAAAAGAACCAAGAAAAAACCGAGUAGGAAACACACUCAAAGCAUGUCAGAAAUUCCAAACAGUUUUGAUCCCAAUUUGUAUUGUUUUGAAGCUUCAUGGACAAUUUACUCACUCUCAGAACUCAAAGAUGCAACUGACAACUUUAGUCGUGAAAACUUAAUUGGAGAGGGAGGUUAUUCUGAAGUCUACAAGGGUCAUUUACAAGAUGGACAAAUUAUAGCAGUGAAAAGAUUAAUCAGAGGUACACAAGAAGAGAUGACAUCAGAUUUUUUAUCUGAACUUGGAAUUCUUGUUCAUGUAAACCACCAAAAUAUUUCUAAUGUUAUUGGGUAUGGAAUUGAGGGGGGGAUGUACCUUGUUCUUCCUUUAUCACACCAUGGGAGCUUAGCUUCUCUUCUUUCUGAUCAUAAAGAGAAACUUGACUGGAGAAUUAGAUAUAACAUUGCAUUGGGAACUGCAUCUGGGCUUUCUUAUCUUCAUGAAGGUUGUCAAAGAAGAAUCAUUCAUAGAGAUAUCAAGGCAGCUAAUAUUUUGCUUUCGGAGGAUUUUCAACCUCGUAUUGCUGAUUUUGGGCUGGCGAAAUGGCUUCCAGAUCAAUGGAGUCACCUCAACGUGUCACAGUUUGAAGGGACAUUUGGGUACCUUGCUCCUGAGGUUUUCAUGAAUGGGUUGGUGGAUGAGAAAACUGAUGUGUAUGCUUAUGGAGUCCUUCUGUUAGAGAUCAUAACUGGACGCCCUGCUUUGGAUGAGGCACAGAAGAGUCUCGUUAUGUGGGCUAGACCUUUAAUACAUAAUAAACACGUUGAGAAACUUGUUGAUCCACAUCUUGAUGGUGAGUGUGAGUUGGAGCAGCUGAGUGACAUGCUAUGGAUUGCUUCUCAAUGCAUCAACGACUGUCCAACUGAACGUCCAAAAAUGAGUCAGGUUUACAGGAUGUUAAGUGGUGAUGAAGGGAUUCCUGAUAGCAAAAAGUUUAUGAAAUGGGCUGCUUUCAGAAGAAGGAAGAAGUCAACUGAGGUCUUUGAGGAACUACUCAAACUCAAAGAUCUUUCACCUUCACCCUCACCCUCACCCUCACCUCACCAAACUGACAGAGUUUUAGAGGGUUAAAUUUCAAUUUCAUGAUUUAAACCAAGAAUUCACAACACAACGCAAAGCUCUACAGAGAAAGCAUCAAAAGAUUAAUUAAAAAGCAUAAAGUACAUAUGUCGAUUAUUAUGGAAAUUCUUGUAAUUUCAACUUCAUACUAAACU